AACACGUGGUGACAGCAUCAGGUGACGCCCACAGCCAGCAGCCAGCAGUCAGUCAGUCUGUCUGUCAGUCAGUCGUGCUCAGGUGGCUGUCUCCUUAGCUACUGGUUGUCGUCAGUGAUGGCAGGUUACCCUCAGUAUCCACCGGGGACCUACCCACCCCCUCCCGUCCCCACAGCUCCACCAGCCUACCCACCGCCCUAUCCCCAGCAGCCCUACACGCCUCUACCGCCACAGCCCACAACCCAGGUGGUGGUCCAAGAGCAGCGGCCCCCGACGGUGGUGGUGCAGGGUCAGCCCCCGCCGCCCACCGUGGUGGUGCAGGAGAAGGUGGUGGUAGGCAGGAGACCUGCCGGUGCUGGGCUAGGCGUGGGCGUGGGCAUGGCCAUGGGACUAGCGGCGGCCGGUGCCUACCCACACCAUCACCACCACCAUCACCGCCGCCGCCACCACCACCACCACCACCAUGGAUGGUGGUAGUUAGAGUGUGAAUAUGAUGAGAAAGAGAGGAAAGAAGCAAAAUUUUUCUCCCUUUCUAUACCUAAAAAAGAUUCCAUGUACAUAAUGAUGAUUUUGAUCUCCUAUUCCUUAUAAUCUUUUGGGAAGGAUUAUGAUAACAGUAAGAUGACUUACUUUCAUAUAAUUUUUUGUAAAUUAAUCUUUUUUUAUGGGAAGAUGUAGUACGAAGCGUGCCAACGAAAGUACCCAAGGUGUACUGAACACGGCAGACACGGACCAUGCAAACAAGGUGCGCCCUGCGUACUGGAGCAUGCAGCACGGACCAUGCAAACAAGGUGCGCCCUGCGUACUGGAGCAUGCAGCACGGAACGUGCAAACAGUGCAACGUGUACUGGGGCAUGCAGCACGGAACGUGCAAACAAGGUGCGCCCUGCGUACUGGAGCAUGCAGCACGGAACGUGCAAACAGUGCAACGUGUACUGGGGCAUGCAGCACGGAACGUGCAAACAGUGCAACGCGUGCAGGAGCAGCACUGCUCGUGCACACAAGGUAGGCAAGAAUGUACUGAGUAAGGUGCAAAGAGCACGGAACGUGGAUGAAAGGUGACGCUGGUAAGCAGGCUGUGGGUGUGCUGCGUCACAACACGGGUGUCCAGGGACACACAGAGAUGAACACUUACAGUCGUGUCAUGGAGAUAACCAUUAACUCGGAGACUGACUGACGCUUGUGAAGUAAAGUUCGCCAUGACACUUGUACAUGUGUAAUGAGUAAGCCAGCCGCAGUCUUGCUAAUCGUGUGUGUGUGUGUGUGUGUGUGUGUGUGUGUGUGUAUGUAAUUUUUACUAUCAGUAACAUUGUGCCAAUAAGUACUGAUAUGCAUAAAUAAAUUUCCUGUAUGCAGUCUGCCGAACCGGAGCUCCUGGGCUGACGGAUUUUUGCAUAACUGUUAUGUAAUGCAAUACAGGCAAUUUACUUUACUUUUCUAUGUACGAAUACUUAUAAAGGGUUAAUUAGUUUCAGUAUGAAUUACAGUCUCAGAAUGUGACCAAACUACUUUUAUAUGACAAUAAUAAUGAAGCUAAAAGUGUGUGUGUGUGUGUGUGUGCGCGCGCCCUUAAUAGUUUUCUAUUUCGUCAUGUACUUAUGAUUCCUUGUUAUUCUCUAGUAACUUCGUGCCGUAAGAAAAUAAUAAGCAGCACAUACAAACUGUAUCAUCAAGUAAAUAUGAAGGAAAAAAAAAAAGUAAAAUAAAUAAAAUAAAAAAAAA